AUGGCGUUUGAUGUUGAGCCUGAAAACAAUUUUAAAGAUGUUUAUGAUCUGGCAUCUGCAGGAAUUCAAUCGUGCAUAUCACAGAUCCCAGAAAAAGUGUACAUCAAGGACAAUAUGGAAAAAUCAUGCGGUGUCUUGGUUACACUUUCGUUGAAAAUUUCUCUGUGUGAUGAACUGAAAUCCAAGUUUGUGGACUUUUUAAUUAACUUGCCUUCUCAUUCUUCGUCUGAAGAACCUGUUUGUAAUACUUGCAAAAGUGAUAAAAAUGUGUUCGAUUUUAUGAUGGCAUCAAGAAAGACAUUAAUGUUUCCUGAAAAACCUACACCACCAGUCUUUGACAAAACCUUAACUGGACCUCAAAAACUAUAUUGUGAUGUGCUAGAUUGGUGCAAAACAAUUGAUGAUGGCUGGUCAAAAGACCAGUUAAUCUGUGCAAAAGGAAUUUUGUGGAAGAUUACAAAUUUUUUGUGGUAUGUCGAUACUCACCAUGACAAAUUUAAAACAGCUAGUUGUGCCAUACCAAAAUGUUUUGAAGCCUUUACACCAUAA